AUGGCUACCAACGGCGAUUUUUCAGACGACGAGUCCCAGCCCGGCUCCCCCAUUCUCAACGCCAACGGCCAGGAUGACAUUGAGGACCAAGAGCCUCUCGAGCAGGAGGAGAAGCCCCUGAAGUCGGCGAUCAAGAAGGAGUCCAUACCCUCUCAGCCAACACGACCAGAGCUCCCGGAGCAACCGAACCCAGAGACACUCGAUCUUUCCACACUAACUCCUCUGUCGCCCGAAAUUAUCGCCCGCCAAGCUACGAUCAACAUUGGUACCAUCGGUCACGUCGCUCACGGAAAGUCAACGGUGGUGAAGGCUAUCUCCGAGGUUCAGACUGUCCGAUUCAAGAACGAGUUGGAGCGAAACAUUACCAUUAAGCUGGGUUAUGCCAACGCCAAAAUUUACAAGUGCGACAACCCCGCUUGCCCUCGGCCGACAUGCUACAAGAGUUAUAAGAGUGAGAAGGAGGUUGACCCGCCAUGUGAGAGGGAUGGAUGCUCCGGUCACUACCGUCUCUUAAGACAUGUCUCCUUCGUCGAUUGCCCUGGUCACGAUAUUCUCAUGAGUACUAUGCUUUCAGGUGCCGCCGUCAUGGACGCCGCUCUUUUGCUCAUCGCCGGAAAUGAAACUUGCCCUCAACCUCAAACCUCGGAGCACUUGGCAGCCAUUGAAAUCAUGAAGCUUAGCCACAUCAUCAUUCUCCAGAACAAGGUUGACUUGAUGAGGGAGGACGGAGCCAUGCAGCAUUACCAGUCCAUCUUGAAGUUUAUCCGUGGCACCGUUGCCGACGGUUCUCCCAUCAUCCCCAUCUCCGCGCAACUCAAGUACAACAUCGACGCCGUCAACGAGUACCUCGUUUCGCACAUCCCCGUUCCCGUUCGCGAUUUCACAGCCUCCCCUCACAUGAUUGUCAUCCGAUCUUUCGACGUGAACAAGCCCGGUGCGGAGAUCGACGAGCUGAAGGGUGGUGUUGCUGGUGGUUCUAUUCUGACCGGUGUGCUGAAGCUGAACGACGAGAUUGAAAUCCGACCCGGUCUCGUUACCAAGGACGAGAAUGGCAAGAUCCAAUGUCGCCCUAUCUUUUCGCGGGUCGUCUCGCUCUUCGCCGAGCACAACGACCUCAAGUUCGCCGUCCCUGGUGGGUUGAUCGGUGUCGGUACUCGUGUUGACCCUACUCUUUGCCGUGCUGAUCGUCUGGUCGGUUUCGUCCUUGGACACCGCGGACGUCUGCCCGCCAUCUAUACCGAACUGGAGGUCAACUACUUCCUGUUGCGCCGUCUUCUGGGUGUCAAGACUGCCGACGGUAAGCAGGCCAAGGUUGCCAAGCUGGCGAAGAACGAGGUUCUCAUGGUCAACAUUGGUUCCACGGCCACUGGUGCGAAGGUUGUCGGUGUCAAGGCCGAUGCUGCUAAGCUCAGCUUGACCAGCCCUGCUUGUACCGAAGUCGGCGAGAAGAUCGCCAUUAGCCGAAGAAUUGAGAAGCACUGGCGUCUGAUCGGUUGGGCCAACAUUGUUGCUGGUAACACCCUUGAGCCCAUUGUCAACUAA